AUGCUGGCGCGAGCACAGAUGGCCGAUCGGGCCUGUAUCUUAUUCUUGCUUAUUUUAUUAGGAAUACCAAACAAGUCAAUUGAAAACUUGACUUCAGGGUAUUCUAAGUUACAAUAUGGCUUUAGACUGGAUAGGCGCAUGAUAGACUCCUAUGUCGAGUACAGUAUUCUAGACUGUGUAGGAGAAUUUCUCCGAUCUACUCGAUGUUACUCACUGAAUUAUUACAAAGGAGCAAAUUACUGUGAACUUAAUUAUGAAAACAAGACCAGUGUACCAGAGAAAUUUGUAGAGAAUGAAGGGUGGAUCUACAGCGAAAGAGAAGACUGGGAGAAGGAACUAGCAGGACCGUGCUCCAAUAAGGUCUGUGAAAUCAAUGAAAAAUGUAUAAACAUCGGAUGUAACACUUCCUGUCAAAUAUCAGGUUUGUACAUCUGAAAUAUUUUUGUA